AUGAAUGAUAUAGCGACCUCUGUCAGUCAGACAUGGAACUCUCGCUUUGAAUCCAUUGCUAAGAUAGAUGCUGACGAAGAGAAGCCAUCUCCCAUUGACUGGUCUCCACAACAACAAUACCAUGUCGAACCACCAUCUACUCAGUCAGGUUCUGACUUUCAAAUUCAGAUGUUGAAACUUAUGGGUGAGAUCAAUCAGGAUUUGAAAUCUCAGGGUCAAGCCAUUGCCAAGUUAGAAGCUCAGAGGGAACAGAUGACAAAGCAAAUAGAAGAAAAAGAGCUUCAAAGACAGUCGGUGGUCAAUCUUGAUGGGCACUACGUGCACGUUCCUAAAACCAAUGAACAAACACCCUCAGCUGAGGAAGUGAUAUCCGAUUAUCAAAGGCUGCUAGAAAGACUGGAAUUAUAUGAUCUAGAAGAGAAAAAGGUUAAAGGAGAUGGCAAUUGUCAGUUUCGUUCUUUAUCAGAUCAACUCAAUGGGGAUCCCAAGCACCAUAAGCUUAUAAGAAAACAGGUUGUCGAACAGCUCAAGUCUCAACCAGAACUUUACAAGAAUUAUGUUCCUAUGUCUUAUGAUGAGUAUUUGAAGAAAAUGAGCAACACUGGAGAAUGGGGUGAUCACGUGACAUUGCAGGCCGCAGCAGAUCGGUUUGGCAGCAAGAUAUUGUUAAUAACUUCGUUUAAGGAUACAUGUUACAUUGAGAUUCUCCCCUACAUUCAAAAUUCUGAAAAAGUUCUUUUAUUGAACUUUUGGGCAGACAUCCAUUACAAUCCAAUUUAUCCAAAAUCAGAUUUGACUGUAUCCGAAAAAGGGAAAGACAAGAAAGGUGGGACUAAAUGA